AUUUUUUUCCGGAUGUUCCCGGAAGCUACGUCAUGUAAACAGGAAGUGAAUUUCCAAAAGCGGCUAGUUUAAUUUUUCUGCUUCGUCUGUGAAUGCUGUUACUCUCUUAUAGUGCGGUUCCCCCCUAAAACUUUAUUUUGAUCUGUUUUUUAUGUUUGUCCUUUUACUCAGCUUUAGCCGCGUCGUUAGCCGCCAGUGGAUGAUGUAGCUGAAGUCUGAGCUGUCUGCUGCAGAUCCGUAAAAACAUCGAUGAUAGCAAUAAUUUGAAUGUAUUUUUAUGAUCUUUUUACUCGUUAGUUUCAAACAACAAUGGUCACAUCUUAACCUCUCCGGCAGAAGUCAUGUAAAACUCUGCGACAAACUAAAAAAGACCAAGUAUGGAGGACAGAGAGCUAAACCUAGCUAACAAGGAGCUAACGAGUCUACUAGACGUUCCUCUGGGUUCUGUGGUCACUUCCCUGAAUCUGCACUGCAACCACAUCCCGAGGAUCGAGGGGCUGACGUCAUCCUGGAAUCUACGGUACUUGAACCUUUCCUCCAAUCGCAUUUCCAGGAUUGAGGGUCUGAGUUCGCUCUCCUCUCUGAGGACUCUGAAUUUAUCCUGCAACUUGAUCACCAAGGUUGAAGGACUGAAUGGCCUUGUGAAUCUAACGAGAUUAAACUUGUCCUGCAAUCAGAUUAAUAACCUCACUGGCCUGCUGUAUCUGCAUGGCACAGGAUACAAGCUCAAGCACCUCAGUCUCCAUGGCAACCACUUAGACAGCAUCGACCAUCUCCUGCAGUGCCUGCUGGGAUUACAAGGUUUACGCAAUGUCACGUUAAAAGAAGACGGCCACAGCAACCCGCUGUGUGUUUCAGCAGGGUACUGGGACACAGUGAUGGAGUCGCUGCCACAGAUCUUCGUUCUGGACGGUCUGGACCGGCUGAGACAUCCAUCCUCUCCAGGUUUAAGCAGCAUCUGUGACAUUGCUGGCCUGGAGGACUACAUGGACCUUCUGCUGUCCUCGGAUACCAGUCACCACGAAACGGUCAAAGGUGCCGCCAGCACCCCCCGCUCCGCUGCAGGGACCCACAUCUCCUCUGAAGAAGUCGCUCCGCCGACCUCACAGCCAGUCGGUCGGCCCUCCCAGCCGGUUAGCUCCACUGCAGCCGAUCAAGCGGAUCCUGAUAAUGAGGAGCGCAUCAGGAAACUGGAGCAGCAGGUGUCCCGACUCAUCCAGCAGGUCCCGGCGGGAGAGAAACCACCAAACCUCAGCAGAAAUGGGGUGAAGUUACUGAAAGCAAAGAGGGACACGGAUCGCACGUCCGAGAGCGACGGCGACAGCAGCAAGGAGAACCGGAGACGCUCCAGGAUCCCCACACAUCCCGCCGUCCUGACGUCCAGCACCACCACCCAGGAGACCAGGAGCAGCAGCGAACAGGCGAACCGGAGGAUGAGAGCUUUAAAGUCUGCUGGGUCCAGAAGAAAGGCCGGCAGUGCAGGAAGGACAGGGGCAGCAGUGCAGCCCAAGGAGGUUCCUUUGAGAGCAGCUAAGGAUCCUGGAGAUGUGAGAUCCAGGUCCAUCCAGGAGGAAGAAACCUACAGGACGAUCGUGGAGGAACGCGACCAGGAGAGGGAGAGGCGCUGGAAGGCCGAGCAAGCUGUAAGACGGCUGGCUGAGGAGCUGAAGAGUCUGCAGACCAGAGUCAGCGAGGAGAAAGACCUGCAGAGCAUGGCGCUGCACACCACGGACAGACUGAAGGAUCUCCUGCUGAAGGAACGUUCCGGACGCUCGGAGCUGCAGAAUCGCGUGGAGGAGCUGGAGGGACGGUUACUGUCUUUAACCCAGCAGCUGGAGCUGACCCGCAGCAGCGAGGAGAAGGUCCGAGUGGCUCUGCAGAGGCUGGAGGAAAGCACCUCCCACGGAGACGCUCUGAGAGCCCGGCAGCAGGCGGAGGAGAUGAAGAGGCAGCAGGAGCUGGAGAACAAGGCAGCAGCUCUGAAGAGAGAGCUGGACAUCCAGAGAGCCGCCGUGCAGCAGCACAAAGACAAGCUGCAGCAGCUGCACGAACUGCUGGCGUCCAGAGAACACGAGCACAGGAAACAGCUGGAGCUGCGGCUCACGCCCGGCGGGGCAGAUUUCCGUGAGGCUGUGGCCCAGCAGGUGUCAUCGGCGGAGCGGAGUCACGCCCAGAGGGAGGCAGAGCUUCAAGAGAAACUGGCAGAGGGCAGGAGACAGUACGCCGCCCUGGAGGACGAGUUCCACAUGGCGCUGACCAUCGAGGCCGCACGCUUCUCCGAGGUGAAGGAGGCCUACGACCGGCUGACGGAGGAGGUGGUGGAGGUCCGGGCGGCGCUCUCCCAGUCGCAGCAGAAGGAGAAGAAGUUUGGCUCUCUGGUGCAGGAGCUCACCGCCGUGGUCAAAGAACAGAAGAACCGAAUCGCCGAGAUCGUCAGAACCAAGAGAGAGGCUGUGGGGGGUCUGAGGAGCCGGCUGCGUUCCCUGGAGGAGGAGUUAGAAGGAGAUCGUCGUCUUGGCGUGCAGCUGGAGCUGCUGCAAAAGGAGAAGGCGCGCCUCCUGUCUGAAGUCACCGCGCAGCAGUCUGUGAUCGACGGACUGAGAUCUGAGAGGAGGAUCUGGGGCCAGGAGCUGGCUCAGCAAGGAGCGUCGCUGGCUCAGGAUCGUGGUCGUCUGGAGGCCAGGAUCGAGGUUCUGACCUCUGAACUGGAGACUCAAAGGAAACGGGCCGACGGGGAUCUGGAUGCUCUGAAGAUCAAGACCAAGAUCCUGGAUGACCAGACGGAGACCAUCCGUAAGCUCAAGGAGUCGCUGCAGGAACGGGACGAUCAGAUCCGCAGGCUGAAGGACGAGGCGGCAGACGCUCAGAGAAGGUUCCACCUCCAGCUGGAGGAGGACGGGGUCCAGCAGGCCGAGCUGAAGGAGCGUCUCGAACGUCUGAGCCUCCGUAAGGAGGAGCUGAAGCAGCAGCUGGAGGACAAAGAGGCGGAGCUUCAUCAAGUCACGGCGUCUUACCGGGACUCCAGCAGGAGGUGGCAGGAGAAGGAGGAGCUGCUGUCUCAGCUGGAGGUCCAAGUGAAGAGAAUGAAGGAAAAUUUUGAUUCCAAAGAGCGCCAUCUGCUGGAGGAGACGGAGAAAGCAACGGAGGCGCACAAAGCGGCCUUGCAGAAGCUGCGCCACGUGGACGACACUUUCCGAGCUCAGCUGGAGUCCGUCCACGCCGCACAUCAGGCUGAGCUGCUGCAGCUGGAGAGUAAAAAACAGCAGGAGGUCGAGCAAGCCAAUCAGAAGGUCCUUGAAGUGGAGGAGGAGAUGCGCCAACUCCUGCAGGAGACGCAAACCAGCAAGAGAGCGAUGGAGGAGAAAGUGAGGCGACUCUCCAGCGUUCUGAAAGACUUUCACUCGUGAGGAAACAGUCGCUUUCAUGUCCUGUUGUUUGUCUUCACUUUAGUGCCUCUGUAAACUAAAAUUAAGUAGACAAAUCUAUUUUGUUUACAACAUUAAAACAUAAGUUUGAAUAAA